CAGACGCGCCAAUACCAAAUCCCUACAAAGCUUUCGCAUCCCCCCGAGAGCGGGCAUUUCUGGAGACGGAGCGUAGAUAGGGAGAUAGAGAGAGAUGAUGGCUUCUUCCUCUGUGUGCAACCCCUCUCUCCCAAUCCAUCAUCAUCACAAUCCCUCAGCAGCUAACACUACUGCGUCUGUAUUUGCUGGAACUGGUGGCGGAAGCAUGGUCACGGCGAAGAAGAAGGUGGCGGUGAUAGGUGCCGGGGCAGCUGGGCUUGUGGCGGCCAGAGAAUUAGAGAGAGAGGGACACAGAGUGGUGGUGUUUGAGCGUGGAGAGAAGGCAGGGGGCACUUGGGUCUAUGACCCAUCUACUGAAACUGACCCUCUCGGCAUCGACCCCUGUAGGAAGGUGGUCCAUAGCAGCCUCUACCGUUCCCUGAGAACCAAUCUCCCCAGAGAAAUAAUGGGUUUCUUGGACUUCCCUUUCUCUAUCAAGGAAGGGAGGGACUUGAGGAGGUUUCCGGGCUACCAGGAGGUGGAGCUCUAUUUGGAUGAUUUCGCAGCCGAGUCCGAUGUUUUGAAGGCCAUUCGGUUCAGAACUGAGGUCUUUCAUGUGGGCAUGAUGGAGGGUGGGAAGUGGGUGGUGAAGUCGCGGAGGGAUUUUGGAGAAGACGUGGCGGUCGAUGUUAAUGAAAUCUAUGAUGGGGUUGUUGUCUGCAGUGGCCACUACGCGGAGCCUCGUAUUGCGGAGGUUCCAGGUGUUGAAAGGUGGCCGGGUGAACAAAUACAUAGUCACAACUAUCGUAUUCCUGAGCCAUUUCAAGAUAAAGUUGUUAUUGUGAUAGGCAGCUCAGAAAGUGCUGCUGACAUCUCCAGGGAGAUCUCCAAAGUUGCCAAGGAAGUUCAUGUCUCAUCAAGAUCUGCAUUAGAUAGAUUUGGAAAGAAAUUUUAUGGGCAUGAGAACAUGUGGCUUCAUUCAAUGAUACAAGGCACCCAUGAAGAUGGUACAGUGGUAUUCCAAGAUGGAACUUCGGUUAUUGCCAAUGUUAUCCUCCAUUGCACUGGGUACAAGUAUCAUUUCCCAUUUCUUGAAACAAAUGGUGCUGUGACAGUUGAUGAUAAUCGUGUGGGACCAUUGUAUAAACAUGUCUUUCCACCUUCUCUAGGUCCUUGGCUUUCAUUUGUAGGGCUACCAUGGAAGACUAUUCCUUUCCCAAUGAUGGAAUUGCAGUGCAAGUGGGUGGCAGGUGCUUUGUCUGAAAGGAUUGCACUUCCAUCAGAAGAAGAGAUGAUGAAAGAUGUGGAAGCCUUUUACUCUAGGAUUGCAGCCAUGGGGUACCCCAAGCAUUACACCCAUAACAUAUCUGGUUGUCAGUUUGAGUACUUUGAUUGGCUCGCUACCGAAUGUGGAUACCCCAAAGGCGAAGAGUGGAGGAAGGAAAUGUACUUUGCCAACACAAGAAACAAAACUGAAAAUCCAGAUACUUACCGUGAGGAAUGGGAAGACCACGAUUUGAUAUCACAAGCUCACGAAGAAUUCUCAAGGCUCAAGCAGCAGCACUCUGUCAAAAAUAUGUAAGAUACUUCUGAGCUUAAGUUUUUGGAUCACAGCAAUUAAUAAUUAUGGAAUUCCUCGUCCACUGAAAACCGGAUUUCCAUCAAUGUAUUGAUGUCUUCAAUAAAAUAUUGUCAUUUGUAUCAUUUGAAAACAACGGCCUAGUUUAGACCUACAA